AGCAAUAUUGAAUUUAUGGAUCUACUAAAUGUGAAUUCUUUAAAUGUUCGUUUAAACAUGGUCUCAGGUAAUUUGUUACCAAUGACUACUGACAAUUCAUCGUUCUCUAUAUUCUGGAAAGUAUACAGCUGUCUAGUGUGGUUGAUCGAAAUAAUUCAAAUAUGUGUGCUAAUUCCUGGGUGCAUUUAUGUACCGAAAGAAAAGGCUUUAAAGGACGGCCUGAUCGGUAUUGUGGUAACAAUGGAAGUGGUCUUCUUGGUCGUACAAAUUCAUGCUCGUAAGGAAUUGAUGCAGCAAUUGAUCCAAAAAUUAAAUGACAUCUUACACGUGGAUGACGAAAUUAUGAGAAACCUAGUAAUAAGCACGAUAAAGCCAAUAGAGAUGCCGAUUAAAUUUUUCUGGACAGCCGGCGUGAUGUCCAUAAUUAUAUGGAGCGGCGUACCGUUUAUAUUAGUCUUUCAGAAAGAUACUUUUUUCUACGUGGAUUAUAGAAUGCCGGUCAUAUUUUCCAAAGAACCAUUCUCGACCAGAACUUUUGUAUUGGGAAGUUUCGUGGUAAUGCUCAGCAGCAUGUAUAUCUUUACGAAGAAAGUCAGCGUGGAUAGCUAUAUGAUAAAUCUGAUAUUGUUAAUAACGGCACAAUAUAAAUAUAUCGCUUUAAAACUCUCGAUGAUAUUUUGCGAUGAAAUUUCACAGAAUUAUAACAAUAGUUCUAAUCAAAAGAGACUUUAUUCUAAAACAAAUUAUGAUGCAGAAGAACAGAUGAAAUCCUUAUGUCGACAUCAUAACGCGAUUAUUCGCAUAUCAUUAAUGCUAAGAAAAUUGCUAUCUUUGAAUUUUAGUUUAAUAUAUAUUACCAGCAUUUUUCGGUUUUGCUGCAUAGCUAUUAUGAUGAUUUCAAUACCAUCAACUACUUUGUUGGAAGCGCUCUUGAUCGUUAUGUAUGCGUCCGGUGGUGUUGUACAACUUUAUAUAUUGUGUUCCUGUGUGCAACAAUUAUUGGAUGCAAGCAUUGAAAUAACGGAUCAAGCAUUUCACAAAGAAUGGUAUCAAUUUAAAUCUUCUAUAAAACGUUCAUUCAUAUUUAUGAUAAUGGCUAAUAAUUUGGAACUUAAACUUUCAACGUUUGAAAAAUACAAUCUGUCUCUACCAUCAUUCAUGGUGAUCUUAAACCAAUCAUAUUCCGUCGCGCUUUUAUUAUUAAAAACUAAUUGA